CGAAUGUACGUGUGUUAGAUGGGAGAUCAGCACAAUCCCCCAACCAACUGCUGUUGCCACGGCAACACGAUGCUGUAAUCUGAUCGAGGCUGCGGUCCAUCUUCUGGCCUUCAAUGACUGCACCGAAUUUGACAAGAGUUGGCAAAUGGUGGACGACCAAACUGAUGAAGCAGUGGGAAGGGCGCUGGUCGUCAUUUCGCUCAACGGCAACCAUGGCCAGCCAACGGACUUCGAUAACUUUAUAAAGGGUCUCGAGAGCCAAUUUCGUACCAUGAUAUCCUCAAAGGCAUCUCAGUCCACCAACACUACCAUUCAUGCGCAUCAAAACGCAGCCCGGAAAACAAAAACCAUCUCCCGUACUGUUCCAGCUGGUCGGCAUGUUUUGUUUACGUUGCAGUCAAGCACAAGCCGAGGAUUCGGCACGCAUGAUGGGAUUCCGCUUAUGGCGAAGCGAGCUGCACUGGAAGUCGUAGAAUGGUUCUGGGAAGAGAUUGUGCCCGUGCUGAGAGAGAAGGUAGAAGGGAAUGACGACAAUAUCUCAAAAUGGGUGGUUCAUCUUUCUGUUGUUGGGCAUAGUUUGGGGGGUCUAAUUGCACGAUACCUCAUCAAACUUUUACUGGAACGACUGUCUGUAGGGAGAAAUGGAACCUCCGCAGCAACAUCACUGCGUACCGUGUUUGACGCCAACGGGUGGAUGACGUUGAAACCACUGACGUUUAUGACAGUGUGUUCUCCACAUUUUGGGUCCCGCCGGAGUGCCAAGCCGGGAUCAUGGACAGCCCCCGUCUUUCAGGGUAUUGUAAGAUUUUACCUGACUAAUAUUGCCGGGCAGACUGGGAAAGAGCUGUAUUUGAUUGAUGGCACGUCGUCUUUGUCCGCCACGGAACCAUGGUCUGAUGAUUCCCGCGUCCCGUUACUGAUUCGAAUGGCCGACCCUCGCUCAUCGUACAUGAGUACCCUCCGAGAGUUUCGUCCAAUCCUUGUGGCAGCUGUGCGCAACGACAUUCCCGUCGGGUAUUGCUCUGCGGCGGUGACGAGCGUCAAUCCGCAUGCUGAACUGCUGAGCAAUGGCGGGGAGGUGGGCGCUGUGGUGGAAGUGACUGCAGGCAGAGAAGUAGGAUUACGGGUCAUGAGCUUUUCUGGGUUUCGAACGGAGGCAGUCCCCACGCCUGUGAACCGCAAAAUUGGGUUAAUGACCAAAGAAGAAGCUGAUCCCGUGCGGCAGUUUUGGGUGGAUCGGCUGUUUGGUGGUGGAUCGAUUCAAGACGAUCCGAUACUGCAGAAGAUCCGGACUGACCAGACAGUUGAGAUUCUGGGACCGCGUGGCACGAUGCACCACCACCAGGAGCCUUUUCACGACGCACCGUUGUACAAUGAUCCGCCUUCGUAUAAUGGCUUCUUGUCAAGUCUCUUAUCACCUCCUCCCCCGACAGCCCCUACAGACGCUUUUGUGCCGGACCACCACCACGACAAUCUAAUUCCAACACGACUCUUGGCGCGUCUCCAAGAGACAUUAUGGAAUGCACGACGAAUCAACAUUGAUUUUGUACUGUCAAACCCCGUAAGCCGAGCGACGGUGCAUGCGCUUGCUGUUGGGAAAGCGGAAGGGGGAGUGUUGAAUGUCGAUGGGCAGGUGGCAGCGCAACAGGCUGGAUGGUUUUUGGCGCGUAUCGUCCUAUUGGAUUAUCUGUACGCCUGCGACGAGUGACCUACAAUGCCAGCCUCCUCACAGCGUAUAACGUACGACAAUCAUCUAAUGAGUAGACCUAGCGGCCACGGACAUGUGUGAAUGCCCGUAAUGGUCUGAUCCCUAGUAGAAUCGUAAUAAUAAAUAAGAUCUUUAUAUUAC